AGUUAUGGACGGUGUAGAGAAGAUGCUCUUCGUCGUCGACGAGAAAGGGAAAGAGGUCGUGCCAGUGAGACUCCUGAGCAGAGAGAAGCUCGGCUUUCUCAACGCCGAUUGCGUGAUCGGGAACGGGCAAGGCAACGCCGGGCAACAGAAACAGCGGAGGAAAGGGAAGUGCGACUAGCGUGUACGAUCAAGAGCUAGACGGGGUGCAGAAUCCGAGGAGGCAUAUCAUGCCAGGCUCCAACAGCUUUCAAAGCGCCAAAUUGCUGCCGAGUCCAGUGAGGAGAGGGAAGCCCGCCUACAGCUGCUACGCAAUGUAUCUCACUGUUUCGUGCACACACAAGAGUGACUCAUGCGAUUAGACCCCAUUUGUAAGCUCGCUUCCGCAAUGCCAUGCAUUCGCCUACUAGUAAAUCUCAUGGUCGAUUUAUAAAUGUCGUCGUACAUUUAUAUAUAGUGGACAUAAGCUUAUUACCUAUGCAUUUUCGGAGAAUGAGUUUUGGAACAAACGGCGCCCCGUAAUCGCUCGGACACUUUUGGGGGUCGCAGACUGGAAAUAUACGGAGAAAGUUUGUACCAGCAUUUUCUACGUUUCCGGAGACAGGAAUUCGAUCUUCAACAGACAGAGCCAGCGAAACCGUGCACAGCUAGUGGCGUAGAACCACGGUGGCUCUGGGGCGGCGCCACCCUAUUAUUUUCUCGGGCUGGCUCUGGGUGUGUGGCAGCGCCUGUGUUUUUUACGCAUGCGCGUGGAGCCCCCCUUUGUCCGAACAUCGCUACUAUACUACUGGUGUGCAGGAUCAGUAGCUGUGGAUUGUGAGGACUCAAAGAGGGAUCAAGCUGGAGGAUGGGUGUAGAAAGAAGUCUCGUCACGCUGGUCGCUUCUCUUUGCUUGCUAACCUGCACUUCAGCCCAGGAUUCAGCCAGUAUCUCGGAGGAGGAGGGCAACUUGUGUGUGACAGUCAUUGUCACUACAGAGGAGGCCAGCUACACCUGCACCAGUGAGCAGGACCUCAUUCUGUGGAGAGUUGGCUCACGGCAGAUAGCUGGGACCAUGGUUGAGGUCAUGGCUGAUGGCUCAGAGAUAGAGGUGGCCUGUCUGGUACAGAGAGAACUGUUCCAGAUCAUUGAGGCUGACAACAGGACCCUCGUGGUGUUCAGUCCCAAUGUGGAGAGAAUAAAUGCACGAGCCACACCCAUUGUGGUAGAAGAUGAAAUUCUGAUAGAGUUGGUCUUUAAGCCUGCCACCACAUGUGAUGAGGGUGUGGCCCUCAACCUCUCGUCCCCUGAUUUCACCAUUGCCAACUACUCCAUCAUCAUCAGUGCCUCUGCCAGUUUUGGAUGUCGCCCUCUGACACUCUUGACCAGUGAAGUCCAGAGUGCCAGUAUGUUGUUCCUGAGCACCACAGUUUCCUUGACAUUUAUCAUCUCCCUCCUGUCCCUAUUCUUAUCCUCUCUUCUGCAUGCUCUAAUGACAGACAUGGUGGAGAAAUCAACACUCUCCAAUUCUGAGAUAGCAGCCAUCAUCAUAAUAGUUCUAUAUAGUGCUGUUCAUUCUCCUGGUCCUGACCCUCUGUGGCAUCGUCUUGUGGAAGAGACAGUCUCGGUUGUGAAGAAGUGGUACUGGGGUUUGCGGGCUUUCUUUAUAUUCUUCACCGUCGCGGCCGUGCCUCUGUGGCUGGCCCUGCUGGGAUACACCGUCAGUAAUGAUUUCUCUGAAGACGAUGGUGAUCUGAGAGGGAGCGACUCGUCCUGCCAGUCUCCCAGUGGGGAGAUGAACGUGAGGAAUGGCAUUCUGAUUGCCGUCUUUGUCCUCAGCAAUCUGGUCCAUACGACGGGGAUCCUCCUCUUUGGAUUAGGAUACUGCGGACUCCAGUACUUUGGACCUGACGGGACUCCAAUACCUACCAGAUGUUGUUGUUGUGGCAAGAACAAGUGUCGUCAAGGUUGUGGUCCUCCUAGUGUAGGCAACAAAAUCCCUCUCAAAGAGGAGAUCUGAGUGUGACACUCGGCACUAUCGCUAGCUGAUAUAAUUUUGAAAGACACUGUACUAUAUACCUUCAUACACAGUACUCUAACCUUAUACUAUGCAGUGCUUAUGUAAACUUGUUGUAGACUUGUGUCUACCAUAAAAUUAUUAUUGUUAUAUAGGAGUAUUAUCUAAGCAUAGAGCC